AAAAUAUGUAACAAGGGACCCGGAAACCUACUUCCUCUCUAAGGCUAUAAGUGGGAAGGCCGGUAGCGCGAGCUGAGGGCAACGUUAGGCGCGCGCCUCGCCACUGCCACGCGGCUCCUGUCCAACGUUCUUUCCCGCCUCCUCCUCCCCGCAUGCGCAAUGAGGGGCUCUCCGCGCCGCCGCCUCAGCUCAGCGUUAUGCUGCGGCUGUUGUGGGGGCUGCUACGGACUUGCCGGCUCUUGGCGAUGUCGAUGCUGCUGUUGCUGCUGCCUCAGGAACUGGUGGGUGAGUACGAGGAAGGCAGGCGACGACGACGACGGAGCCUCUGGCGGCCUCUCUCCCUUGGCUUUGCCUCCCCUCACGCCCGCUGGUGCUUCGAGAGGCUUCGCAAAGCGGGGCAGGAUGUGGGUUAGAGGCCGCCGGCGAGGAGGCGUCGAGUCCUGGCUCCUCAGCCGCGCGGCAGUUGCGCGCCUCUCCCGCCCAGGAUUCGCAGCGGGCGGCAGGUGAGAUACGAGGCCGCCGCAGGAACCUCGCUCGCGGCGGCGCGAAGGGAUAGGCGCUGUUCAGGCACAUAUAAAAUAACUUAUUAAAUACUAUUCCGUGUGAUCACUACCGAUUUAAAGUUGGAACGAGCCUGCGUCUGCCUUGUUUUAUUUUAUUCCCUUUUACCCUAUUGUACGCAGUUGUUUUAUGUGCUUCCUAUUUUGUUUCGUUGGUGCUGGUCGUUUGAUUGCAACCAUAAAGAUUUGAUUUGAUUCAGAUCGAUGUCCUCUGGGGCAGGCAUUCCAGCUGAGAGGCAGAACUCGCUCCAUGCGCUCUUCUGUGACCAGCCAGCUCCACCAGGCCUCCUCGCUCUCCUCACUGGCAUCUGGGGGCCGCUAUUCCAGCAAGAUAGGAAGCAGGGCUGCUUUGCUGGAAGCCCAGCUCCAUCGGGCACCACCUGCCCCAGAACUGUUUUCGCUGGUCAGUUAUACGGACCUGCCCACGUGACACUGAUACAAAAACCUGCGCAAACACUAUGCAAUAGAACGAAAGAUCAUUAUGCCCCUAUCUAUCUCCCCUGUGUCUCCUCUCUUCCCCGCCCCCCCACCGCAUAAUGCAUGCGACAACAGUGUCUCAUACCGAAGGUAAAUGAAUUGUGAAAAAGAUUCUAUGAAUUGAAAGUGGAGAGGUACAGAAAGAGGUACAGUGGUUACAUACUCUUCAGGUUACAUACGCUUCAGGUUACAGACUCUGCUAACCCAGAAGUAUUACCUCGGGUUAAGAACUUUGCUUCAGAAUAAGAACAGAAAUUGUGCUCCAGCAGCGCGGUGGCAGCAGGAGGCCCCAUUAGCUAAAGUGGUGCUUCAGAUUAAGAACAGUUUCAGGUUAAAAACGGAACUCCGGAAUGAAUUAAGUACUUAACCCGAGGUACCACUGUAUGUACUUUUCUUUCUUUCUUUCACAGUAAAAUCUUUAAUAAAAACUACCGUAUUUUUCGCUCUAUAGGACGCACUUUUCCCCCUUCAAAAAUGAAGGGGAAAUGUGUGUGCGUCCUAUGGGGCGAAGACGCCAUAGCCCCGCGACCCUCUCCCGGCUGGAGAGGUGACGCACGGCUAUGGCAGGAACCUCUACAGCCCCGUGUCACCUCUCCAGCCGGGAAAGCGCACGUGCGGGGCUAAAGCAGCCCCCUGCGACCCUCUCCCGGCUGGAGAGGUGACGCGCGGCUAUGGCAGGAGCCUCUAUAGCCGCGCGUCACCUCCUCAGCUGGGAGAGCGCCCGCGGGGCUAAAGCAGCCCCCCGCGACCCUCUCCCGGCUGGAGAGGUGACGCGCAGCUAUGGCAGGAGCCUCUAUAGCCGCGCGUCACCUCCCCAGCCGGGAGAGCGCGCGCGGGGCUAAGAAGCCAUCGCCCCGCGACCUUCUCCCGGCUGGAGAGGUGACGCGCGGCUAUGGCAGGAGCCUCUCUGCUGCUUCCUGACCUACUCUUUGGGGCUGGUGGUGGGCUUCCCCCCGCCAGCCCCAAAGAGCAGGUCGAAAGGAACCUGAAGCCUGAGAGCGAGAGGGGUCAGUGCACACUGACCCCUCUCGCUCUCCAGGCUUCCAAGGUAGCCGCCUGAAUGCACCUUAAACGGCACCUUGUUUUAGAGCGGGAAAACAAGAGGGGGAAAGUUCUCCCCCUCUCUGUGCAGCGCCUCCUGCCGCUUCACUGAAGGGGCGCUGGGCAGAGAGGGGGAGAAUUUUUUUUUCUUGUUCUCCCCCCUCUAAAACAAAGUGCGUCCUAUUGUCCGGUGCGUCCUAUGGUGCGAAAAAUACGGUAAUUUUAAAAAGAUUAUAGGAACAUCUCUCCCUAAGUUUUGAUUUUGAUUUUCCUCUUCCUUUCCUGGCCCCUUUUCCUUGUGUGAUGUCCUUUUUUAGACCAGUAUAGUAUGUGAAGAGAAGAUGAGUCUUUUCACAAAGACCAAUUUUUGCUAUACUUGUCAGUUGCUUGAGGCUCAGGUGGUGUUGGUGGCGUGGAGUGCCUUCCAUCAGCUUUGUCUGGUGGCCCAGCUGUAUCCCUAUCUCAACAGGGAUAGCCUGCUCUGGUAACCUCUAGGUUAGAUUAUUGCAUUGCAUUAUACAGUACAUGGGGUUUAACUCUGAAGACCGUUCAGAAACUUCAUUUGGUGCAGAAUCAGCUGCCAGCUUGCUCGCCAGGGAAAUAUGGCUUGAGCAUAUAACACCAAUGCUGGCCAUGGCAACUGAAAUUGUAACUGAUGGUAUGUGAUUCCCUUUAAAUGUGUAUAGAUGGUUUAAAAUGUUUUAGAAAUGUUUUUAUUUAAUUUUUAAUCAUACUAUUGUAGCAUUAGGUGCUUACUACGCUGGGCUGCUUUGGGAGGAAAUACAGUUUUUAAAAAAGCAAAUAAAUGUGUGAAAAAUGCACAAAAAUCUGUUUUGAUGAGGUGGGAUCUAGUAAUUAGACCUAGUUUUCUAGUGUGCAUACAGUGUAUGGGUUGAACACUGCCUUCUGUUAUUUAUGUUUGUGUUUUCCUGUGUGAUUUAUUUGAUCCUCCUUUUUCUCUUUCCUUUGCUGCCCCUCCACAUAUACAGUUUGGUGUCAAGUCAUAUUCUUCAUUGAUUUACCACAAUGUAGAUAUAGAGAUCUUCUCCUUAGUUAACUUGGCAAAAACCUUUGGUCUUCUGUGUAAGGGAAAGCCUGGGCAAAAUACAUCUUUAAAAGAUGUUUGAAGCAUCUGAUGGUUGCUACUUCUCGUAUGACAGGAGGAAGAACAUUUCAUAGCACAAGGGCAAUAGCGGAGAAAUCUGAUUUCAUUGGUAUUUGUCACUCCACCCAGUUUUGCCUCUGGCCCUGCCUGCUACUAGAAUGUGUUCUUGAAAGGUUUUUCAAAAGGGAUUGUGGCCCUAGAGCUAAAUACGGUUCCCUACCCCUGCCCUUAAGGGGCAUUCUGGCCAGAAUUUUGAGCUUGGAAAUGUAUAAGAAUUUAUAAGAUAGCAUCAGUGCUAGUAUCAUGAGUUUGCACAAGAGAAGAUUCAGGAAGGCUGAGUUUUAAAUUUCAAAGAGUACAUGAGUAUUUUCAAUUGUUCUUUCAUAUCUUAGUUAUAAUAAUUUGCUUUUUUUAAAGAUACUUUUAUUACUUAUGUUUUAUUACAUUAACUAUCAGAACAAAUAUGGUGAAAUAGUGAACAAUGUUUUUAGUUCAAAAGACUUAACAUCUUUAACUAUUGUGUUUUUAAAGGGGACCGAAAAUGGUGUAAAAUUGCGGAGUUACCAGUGUUUUCCUUUUCUGAGAUCAUCCAUGAACUACCUGGUAAUGCUGUAUAUGAAUGCAAAAGAGGUUUUACAAGAUUACCUUCAAAACCAAAUAUGACUUAUUGCAUUGAUGGAAACUGGACACCAUUGGAAGACCCCUGUGGUGGUGUGUUGUUCUUAUUGUUGUUCAUAUAAAGUUGCUGUAAUGUUAUAGACUCAAGAAAAGUUGAGCAUCUUCUAUUUUGUGGUUGUGAUUAUAACUAUAGUUACCUAGAAGUGAGCUCUACUAAAAUGGAGAUGACAUCAAACUGGGAGAGGUAGCUAAUACCACAGAAGAUAGAAUCACAAUUCCAUAAUACCUUAACAGAUUAGAGAUCUGGGCCAAAACUAACAAAAUGAGUUUCAGUAGAGACAUAUGUAAGGUUCUACACUUAGCCAGGAAUAAUCAGAUGCUCAAAUAUAAGAUGAGGGAUACUUCGCUUGCCAGCAGUACAUGUGAAAAGGAUCUAGGGGUAUUAAUAGACCAUAGGCUUAAUGAGUCAACAGUGCGAUGCAUCAGCAAAAAAGCUAAUGCUGAUCUUGGCUGCAGAAGUAUAGUGUCGAGAUCAGGGAAGUCAUAGUAUCACUCUAUUUUGCCUUGGUCAGACCGCACCUGCAGAACUUUGUUCAGUCAUGGGCACCACAGCUGAAGAAGGAUAUUUACAAGCUGGAACAUGUGCAGUUGAAGGCAACCAAGAUGACCAAGGGUCUGGAAACACAGUCUUAUGAGGAAUGGUUGAGGGAGUUAGUUAUGCUUAGUAUGGAAAAGAGACUGGAAGGUGAUAGGACAGACAUCUUCAAAUAUCUAAAGGGCUGUCACAUGGAAGAUGUUUUAGAAUGUUUACUAGAAUCCAGUAAGCCUCAUGACCCUGCACAGGUACUGUUGGUGGCGACUGAUGCAUGCAACCAGAAAAAAUAGCAAGUUAUGGUUUAUCUGGGAUACAAGGAAGACUAGGUCGAAUUUCAUGAAAUCUGGGUGGACCUUGUAAGUGCUUGGAUCUGUUCCAGAAUAAAGAAAGGCCCCUGUUUUUUUCUAAUAAAAUUUUGUUAAGACUUUUUCAUAAUACAAUACAAUGAAAAGCAAAUUAAUCUAGAUAAAGAAGAGAAAAGAAAAGACAGAGUCAGCUCUCAAAGUUAGAUCUUAACCUUUUUCUCACACAGAAAAAGGUGAGAGCUGGGAGUUUACCUUUCUUCCCCCAGUCUCAGCCUGGGAGACCUUCCCUUCCCUCUCUCUCUCUCUCGCGCAGGGUCCUUCACCAAGCUAUGAUUUUCCAUCCUUUUAAAAAACAACAACUUCAAUUUCCACUUCUUCCAUUCUUUCUCCAUGAGUUGGUAGCUUUCCCCUGUAAAUCCACUCCAAAUCAUAUGUAGAAUCCUUUCUCUUCAACUCUAUCCCUGCCAGCUCAGGAUGUCUCUUAGUCUCUCCAUCCAUUACUUCAUUCCACUCCUCCAACAUCAUAAUUCUGCCUUUUGGCUGUUUUAUCCCUCUAGACACUUUUGUGAAGGACUUCUCCAUUUCAUCAUCUACUGCCUCCAACUUUCAUUUCACUCUCCUGUUCUGGCAACAUUUUAUUGGUAUUGUUCUCCAAAGCUUCUGUGUCUUUAAUUCCAUUUUCCAUUUCAUCCUCCUGUGGUCCAUUUCCAUUCAUCAUUUCAUGGAUUUCAACUCUGAUCUAUUUUAAUUGCUCAUCCACUAAUUACUGUAAUAUGCCAACAGUCAAUGGGGUGUCCAACAAUGCAUUUGCCAUACAGAAUGGUCUUAGUUGUAUUAACAGCUCAGUCUCUACCUUAAGAUCUCCACAGUCUCUACCUUAAGAGCUUCAGUCUCCCGUCUUCACCUUAAUGUCUUCACAGGAUUCCUUAUUGGGCCGUAUUCUUUUCCCACAGUGACAUAGAAAAAAUACUUUUCAGUUUGAAGUCAGCACCAUUGAUCAAACAGAGUGUUUAAAAUAAAUAAAAUAAAAUAAAGAUUUCUAGCAAUUGGGAUACCAUUUAGCUAUCUAAAAUUUUCUUAGUUGCAAAUAAUUAAAACAUGCUUUUCGUUUUGCUUUCUGUCUUUUGGUAACCAUCUCUUCUUCAGCCAGCAUUUAGCUCACAAUCCAGAUGUAAAUUUCAAAUGGCAGACUGAUAACAUCUCAGCCAUAAUCUAAGCUGCUUGGUCCCGGCAUGGAAAGCUGCUUUUUCAGAGCACCUGAGGUUAAUCCCUUGUUCAUUCUCUUUUCCCAGAGCGAAUUUGACUGCCAAGAUUUACAGCUUGGCUAUCAACAAUUACAACGAGCUGUUGACUGGAGGUGUUCACCAUUGACUGAGUUCACCAUUUCCUUCCCCAGACAUCUGGGAAAGCUUCUGUUAUUGACGAUCUAGCAUAGCAAAAAUUGGAUCAGACAUGUUAUGUGGAGUUUCAUACUUCAUCUCAAACAGCAGGAUAUGUUCUGCUGAUGCCAUUUUGUUCUGCAUUUGUAGGCUUUGUUAACACAGUUCAAGUGUUGAAUAAGUUUCUUCUGGACCUCUUAAAGGUGUGGCAGGAAGCCUCCAGCAGUAGGCACUGAAGAUGAAGCAAGGGUGGCUGAAUGUGGUCUGGAUCAUGGGUUUAUUGUUCUUGGCAAAUUCCACAAAUGGCCAGAGCAUUGGAUUCCUUUGACAGAAAGGCAAUAUAUUCAGACAGUCAAAACCAAAAGCAAACAAACAAGAUGAAGACUUUGGGCUUGAGGGGAUGGCAUGGCAAGGGAGCUAAGUGAUGAAGGUAUUGGAGCUAUCCUAUUGCUUGCCACUUGGCUGAUGGUCAUUCUAUUUUUUUCCACAGCAGUCAGAUCAACAGCUGCAGCCUAUUUCCUCCUCCCCCAUUAAGAUAAAUGGAAUAUACUUUCCUUAUGCCAGUUCUGUCAUCUAGAUUUUCCCAGUUUCAAGCAGAAAAUUGCACAUUUAAGCUGUGUUCCUGUAUGCACUUACCUGGCUGUUUAUUUCUGAGUAAAUAUCAGCACCAGUUGGCAGAGUGACAGCAGUUACCUGACCUUCCAUCACUAGCAUUGCUGCACUAAAUCAGGAGUGGGAGGAGGGUGGUGCACUACAAAUGCACCGACAACCAAUCUGGUGCUUGUAGUGGUGUUUUCACCAUGCAGACCCCACUAUUGUGGCUGGUAAACAUGCAUAGAUUGUGGUCUUAAUCUUUCAGUUCAUUGAACUCCAUAGAUAAUAAUAAUAAUAAUAAUAAUAAAAAAUUUUAUUUAUAUCCUGCCCUCCCCAGCUGAAGCCGGGCUCAGGGCGGCUAACAACAAUAAGAUUGCUGUGUCUGCUUGGUUUUUGUGUGUGUGCAGUCAUACCUCAGGAUAAAUACGCUUCAGGAUAAGUAUUUUCAGGUUGCGCUCUGUGGCAACCCGGAAGUAACGGAGCACGUUACUUCCGGGUUUUGCCACUCGCGCAUACGCAGACAGUAAAAAUGACGUCACGCGCAUGCGCAGAAGUGGCAACCCGCGCAGUCGCGUCUUACGUUCUGUUCAGGAUGCAAACGGGGCUCCGGAACGGAUCCCGUUCGUAUCCCGAGGUACCACUGUAUAUACAUGUGAUAAAACAGGAAAGCGGGCAGGAUGUAGGCAGUCUGUUAACAGUGGUGAAUCUUCUAACAUUCUGACGUUUGUAUUAUUCUAGUUUCUAACAUGGUGUCAUAAGUUGUUAUAUUGCUUUUUGUUUGCAGAAGUCUGCCCCUUUCCACCAAAGCAAACUAGAGCUAAACUAAAAGAUAAGUUUGGAACUUCAGUAUUGUUUCCUGUUGGGAUGGUAGUACACUAUGUAUGUAAGGCAGGAUUUGAACAAGUUCCUGGUAUCUUGAAUACUAUUACCUGUGGUAAAAAUAUGAAGUGGUCACCGCUUGCAAUGUUCUGUAGAGGUAAACCAUCUUUUGCUUUUGAUUUAUUGUAAUGAUUUGCAGGUAUUUAUGAACAAAAACCGGACUUUGUUUUUAAAAAGAUAAAGUCCCCAGAACAUGCAGGUCCUUGAACAUUAUUAAGAUGAAAGAUUUUUUGGUUUUGGCCACAAAGACGCAUUGGUGGUUUGGUGAACAGGGAAAUAAAAAGUAGCCAUAUGACUCAGUUUGAAACAUGUUUGAGCUAGGGAAUGUAAAUGCUGCAGCUGUUUUACUUGAUACAUUUACAUUUAACCCUUCCUUCAAAGAGCUCAGAAUAUCAUAUAGGUAUUUUUCUUCAGACAUGGUUUUCUUCAUCUUCUAUUUUAUCCUACAAAUCCUGUAGAUUUAGGUUAGGCUGAGAGACAGUGACUGUCCUUAAGUCACCCAGUGAGCUUCAUGUCUGAAAGGAGAUUUGAACUUUGACCUGCCUAAUCCUAGCUCAACACUCCAACCCCUACAGCACACUGGCUAUACAAAUAACUGCUUUUACAGUAACAAGGCAAGUGCUAUUUCUGACAAAAAACUAAUUACAUAACCACCUUAAUCUAUGCUGAGUUUUGCAUGAUGAGGCUGCCAGGCAAGAGAAGAAUAAAUAUCUUGAUUUUGAAUUUGUCAAGAAUAGCAAGUUGCAGUCUUGUAGAGAUGAAAGAAGCAAACAUCCCAGAUUUUAUGCAAAGUUUUUAAAAUACCUAACGCUAAGUAAUUUUGUGGCAUCUGUUACAACUAUGCUGUAACCCUAUGGCAGGAUAUUUCACACAGAGCAUCCUCUUCACAACAUGCAGCACCUCCUCCACCCAGGUGAUAGUGCAGUACUAGCACUUUUUUUGUGUACUAAUCUUCUAUGGAAGAUUAAAUAAAUAUGAGUGAUGCCCACUUCCACUGGAAAGGCAUCCAGAAACAAAAUUCUUAUUCAAGAUGUGCAAGAGAUUGGUUUGUUUACUCAUUGCAUUUGCUGAUCUGUGCUUUCAUAAGAUUUUAAGAUGGUGUACAUCAGCAGUUGAAGUUCAGUUGAUGGUUCAAAGAGCAGUGAGGGGCUGUUUGAACAGUUUUGUUAAAAUAUGUGAAGGAAAAUGUAAAAUAACAAAGUAUGGCACUUUGAAGAUGAUCGCAUGGUGAUCAUUGACAUUACAGUAUCUUUUAUGUGUAGUUAAUGAUCCUGGCAAAUAUAUUCAGAAUAAUGCUUGAUUUUUAAAAGGAUAUUUGCUAGGAUUGUGAACUGCAGGCAUAAGAGAUCUUGUAUGUUACUACGUUGUUUUAUGCAUUAUCUUAGAUAUAGUUUGCUUUCCUUCAUGUUUUUAAUGGAAUUUGUCAAAACUGUUCUCCUUUUAUUAAUGCCAGACCUGUCAAAAAUAUUGUUUGUUUGUUUUUUCCUGGUUUUGUAUGUUUAAUUCAAGAAUGUUUCUUUUCAGGAAAAGCUUGUGAGACACCAACACCAGUAAAAGAUGGAAGUAUUUUCUCAUUUAAUCCAGAAUACACCUUUGGAGCAAGAAUUUUAUAUAUGUGUAUUCAAGGGUAAGGAAACACCAUUAAAGGCCACCAAUAACAUUUCCAAUAUGCUUUUGCUCUUAAUUGUUUUUUCAUAAACUAGUAAAAUUGGCAGUACUUUGUAACUGAAGAUGCAGUCAGUUAAGUUUAGGAGGAGAAUCUAAAUAUAUUAUUAUUAUUAUCAUAAUCAUUAUAAAUUUCAUUAUUAUGUAUACCAUGCCUUUUACCCAGGGAAGGGACAAGGUGGCUUGCAGAUAAAAAUAAAAACAAUUAAAAAAAGGGAGAAAAUAGAGUUUCAUACACACACACAGAAUAAAACAUUACUGAAAAACAUCUAGGAUACAUUCAAAGCAGCAUAAUUAACAGGAAACUUAAAUAUAAUCCUAAAAAUUUCAAAAUAAUACAUUAUGAAAGAGGUUGACUACAGAAUGCACAUUUAACACAGCAAAGUUAACAAUUUUUUAUCUUAAACAUUUUAGAAGAAAACAUUAGUAAAAAGAAGUUCAAUAUAAAAUACACUUUUAAAACAGCAUAAUUAGCAAGAGAUUAAAAAAUUACCGUAAGCAUAGAAGACAUGAAGAAUCAGGGCUAGAUCGAGCAGUACCUCCCAGCUUCAAUCUUGAUAUUUUAAGGGCAGUAUGACCUUGUCUAGAUUGGAGUAGACCUGAACAGCACCGCUCUAUGAACUGCCUACCAACUGUACUUCUGAUUUGUAUGGAUUGAGCAUCACUUGGUUGGAUUUUUUAUCCUGUGCAUUCAGAUACACAAUGAUUGGGAGACGUUGGAACAGAUGUCAGGCAAAGGAAAGUGAUGUUCACUGGAGUAAUCCACCUCCACUUUGUGUGCGUAAGUAGCGUAAAUUAUUUACAAAUUUGGAGUGAUAUUUUUUGUGAUUAACAGCACAGUUGUUUUCUUGGGAAUCUGUUUCACUGUGUUCAGUGGAGGUUUGUACCCAAGUAGGGAUAUAGAGGAUUGCACCUGAAGGCUUCAUUCCUAUGAACACUUCCUUAGGAGAAAGCCCUAUAUUGAACUCAGUGGGACAAUUGGGCUAUGAAUUUGCCUUAAAAUUUAGUAAGCAUGGUAAUUAAAAUAAGCGAAUUAGUUAGUUCCUAUUCUGUGUUUGUUUCACAGCUAUUCAUAAGUCUGUUCUGUCUCAUUUCUAUAGUAACCUGCUAAUUAAAAAUAGCCACAUGGAAAUACAUAUUGAAGCAUGUAUAUUCUCACAAAAAGAUGCAUUACUUUUUCUGUUUUUUUUAUAUUUUUGUUAAUUUUAAUAAAAUUACAACAUAGAUUAUCCAUAAAAAGCUCAUAUUAAACAGAUAAUUCAAUCAAAAGAAGAGAAAUACAGGGACAAAUCAUACAUUUCAAAACAUAUUUUAUCCUAAAGUUGUGGUUUCAUGUGUGUUUUUUUCAUCAAAAAUCACAUCUGAAAUUUUGGAGUGCAAAAUCUGAAGGACAACUUUAUUCUGAUUCCUUGCAUUAGUCUGCAAGUUGUGAAUCCAGCAAGUUAGGUACUGGAAUUUGCAAAGAAUGAAUUCCUCAAGCAUUUUCAAAAUGUAGUACGUUAUGCAUACAAUACAAAUAAAGAAAAUAAAAAAUGUUAGUUAUAGGGUUUACAGUUUUGUUAUUUAAAAUGCUAUUGUAGAUGUCUAAAUGAGAUUUCUAAGUUUAGACUAAUCAACCUAUAUCUAAAUUACACGGAACGUUGAGCACCCAGAGAUAAUUGAAUCCCGCCCUGCUUCUUGUUGAUAAUUUUCUGGUUUGCACUUUCUUAAGCUAUUUUAAACAACACGAACCUCCCAGAUUAGGUUUAGGUAAUGUUAAUUCAGCCAGGAGUAAAGAAAUAAUGUCUCGUCAAUUGUAAAUGGCUUUUGUCAUUACAAGCGUUUAACUGACAGAGACUAUGGUAAGGAUUUUUUUAUUUCAUAAAAUUUACACAGCUUGAUUGUAAAACAAAAAUCUCUCAAAGUGGCUAUGGCAGAUCCCAGUCUAGAAAAUUUCACAAAAGAAUUUGCUAAAAACUUCUAAGAAUAGGUUAAAUCAGAUAAGAGGUAAAAAGCAGGGAGAACUUUGUGAGAAUAUAUAUACAGAUACACCCAAAGGCAUACAGAAGGCAUUUGAAGAAGGUAAGUGCUGCUGGCUGUACAGACGACUCCCCACCUACACAAGGGUUACGUUCCAGCACCCCACAAAUUACUUUCUUCUUUAGUCCACAUUUAUGGGCCUAUACAGGCACCCCCCUGUAUAGGAUCGAUUGAUUGAUAAGACAAAGGGCCCUGCUCCAUUAUUGUUGCUAGUGUAAGGAAAAAGGACACACUUAACGUUGUUAUCUUAAAACUUUGUUGAGAGUAUGUACAACAUGUCAUGUAGCAUUCGGUUGAGACGAGAAUUAGAUUGGGGCCUGGUGGGUAGGGAACACAAAGGAGGUUAUGUUCCAGAAUGCAUCAUGGCUUACAUCAGCCACCAGUCCAUCAAGGUUCUGGUGUCAUGAGUUAUCGUCAUAUCUUCCCUGUGUUUCCAUAAGGAAUAAGAUUCAGAUUGCAUGUAAAGGUUAGUGUACGUUGUUAGUAGGGUUACAUAUAGAGAUCUAAAUAGAUAUUCCUCAACAGUAAUAGCAUUCUUCAUUCAUGAAAAAGUAUAAAACAGAAUGUUUGCAUGUGCAGGUAUUUGAAUAUAGAAAACUCAACUGGUCUGGAAUCUGCUCAGUGCUUGGAUAGUAUAUGUACUUACCCUAUUCGUGCUACCUUGAGUUCCAUGAUGACAAAAGGCAGAUUAUCAGUGUAACUUAAAAUGUGGUGUAAUAACAAAGGUUAGGUUUAAAUACACUUAAAUGUGCACAUUUAUCUUGAGCUUACUCUUCAAGUGGCUAUGCAUCGGGUUGUGCAGUAAGGAACAUCUGCAGAAAAUUAAUGGGGCAGUUCUGACCAUUAUUCUAUGAAGCUGGGAAUGAGCGCUGGACCCAAGCAUCUUCCCCUCUCCCUCUUCUCCUCCUUCCCUGGUUGUGCAUCAAUUUCAGUAUGAAGAUCCUGGCUUUAUUAAGGCAGAGUUCUCUGUUAACAUAAGAAGCAGGAACUUCUGAUUUACUUUCUAUUAAUCUAACAGGAAAAUAAGCCAGGAUAUUGAGUGUAUUUCAGUACUUCCAAAAAGUCUUCCUGUCUGCACAGAACUGCAGAUGUGUUCAUGUAUGUGCAACUCCCCAGAGAAUGACUCAGAGAAUCGCAACCAAUGGUAAUUCCCUGCUGCCAAAAUGUGAGCCUGUCUUCUUAUGAUUUUGUUCAUUUUUGGUAAAAUAAAAAAUAAAUUAAACUGAGAAAUCCAAUAGGCAUUUAAAAUAUAUCACUUCUAAAUAAAUAUAUUUAAUAUAGUAGUUGAAAUAUACUCAGAGUCGCAAAGUGAUUUCAUGCUCUUUAUUCAGCUCAUAGUGGUGAGGAGGAAUGAAAGUCCCCGCGAAGUAUCUGCUUUAUAUACAUUAUUUACACAAUGGGCUGCACAUGAUUGGCUAAUUCUGGAAUUCUACUGUAAGCCAAUCAGGUUGUGGAUUCACUUACAGUAUAUCUGGAGCAUGAUUAGUGGUUCCUGCCAACCAAUCAUACUGCUGCAUUGUUCUAGGACCAAUCAGACUGCUGCAUUCUGAAUCCUAUUAUUCUAGGACCAAUCAGACUGCUGCAGUUUGGAUCCUAUUCAACUCAGUACAUAACAGUAGUUGUUACAUGGUAUGUUUUGGAUUUUUCAACAGUAUACUGUUGACAGUUCUAUCAUUUUGCUGAAUUAUUCAGUUUUCUUUUAGGAGCUGUAUGUAAAGACCCUCCAGACAUUCCUGGUGGAUCCCACAACGGAACUGUAUCUAUUUAUCCUUAUGGAACAGUGAUCAAAUACAGCUGCAAUGAGACUUUCUCACUCAUUGGAGAACCUAUUAUAUACUGUGAUGUUGAUAAAUCUAAUAGACCACUGUGGAGCAGUAAACCCCCGAGAUGCCAAGGUUAUUUUUUAAAUAUAUACCAGUUUUUCCUUCAUGAUGAUUAUAAAAAACAAAACCUGUUGACUUGUCAGGAAGUUCUGCUGUAUUGUUGCAUCCCUUUUCCACCUUACAUUUUUUUAAAAAUUUGAGAUAAAAGUCAAAAUGUCCAGACUUCAUUUUGUCUACUUUUUUGUGUGUAAAAAGCCUUCUGGCACGACUUACACAGUUUUAACCAAUGAAUGAAAUCAUAGCAAUUAUUGAUAUUUAGGAAAAGGCUAAAGCAUUAACUUCCUGGUUCAUUAAUUGUUAGAAAAGUGAUUGCUGAAUCACAGAAAACAAGGAUUUUACCCAGGAUUUUAGUGUACAGGAGUGUGUCUAUUCCACAUACCCCUUGCAGUAAAAUAAAGUCAGGUGUUUUUUCAUACAGAAUGGGUGACAUCAUCCCCAUUUGUAAAGCCUACCCAAUUAUCAUUGUACAUUCAGUGGCUGGAUGCAUUCCCACUAGAGAAAAGUAAACUGGUCAAAUUAACAUGGAUUUUUCUUCUCUGGAUGGAGGUAGGAUGUUAUAACACUUUUCAUAAAAGUCUGUUUUUUCUCUUCACUUUCUGAGAUAGAAUCUUUUAGUCAGGUUAUAGACUAGUGAGAAGUACAGUAAAGCACUACUUCAUAUUAAAAACAUAACAAUGCUUCAUUUUUAAUUAUCUGUUUAAUAUUGGGUUAUGGUUUAGUCCCUGUUAGUCUAAAAGCAGGAAAGAUAACUCUUGCCCAUUAACAAAGUGAAUAAUUUCCACCAGUAUGUACUUCUACUGGUAUGGCACAGAGGAUUUUGCUGUGCUUCAGAGAGGGCUUUAUUUUCCUUCUUAAAGAAAGUUUGAAAAUGUUGCGUGGAUUGUGUAAUAAUGUCUUUCAUCUCUCUUGAUUCACACACAUGCUGCGGUAUAGCCACAGCUACAUGGCAGUAAUUGUUGGAGAGAUAAUUUUCCCAUAAACUGUUUGAUUGCUAGGAAUACUGUAUGUGUAAGUGCUAAUUGGAGGAAAUAUAUUUGGAUCCUUCUAAGGAUUAGUUUAGCAGAUGGGACUAAUUUUAGAGACCUUUGAUUUGCAGCAGCCAUUACUAAAAUAUUGUGUAUUCCUCAAACAGAAAACACCUGUUGGAAGAGGCCUUAAGACAGCAGGAGCCUUUUUUCAUCAUGUGUUCUAUGCAGUCUCCCAGAACAGCAUUUAUAGUCUCAUUUUCAAAGAUCUAGAUGGAUAACGGAAUAUAUUAUUUUUUAGUAAAGUUCAACAGAAAAAAUAACUUGUAAUAACGUAGAAAUGUAAGGAUUCUGUUUUCAAAGGGAUUUUGAUUUUUAAUAUUACUUUCUGCUUUCAGUGAUUAUAUGUGCAGAUCCAGUAGUUCAAGAUGGAAUAAAGAAGAUAAGUGAGUUUAAAGAUUCCUAUACCUUUGGCGGCAAUAUUACAUUUGAAUGUAAAAUUGGAUACUUCAUGAUCGGAAGUUAUUUCAUUCGAUGUGAGGCGAACAAUACUUGGAUCCCUAAAGUGCCAUACUGCAAAAAGGGUAAGAAUUCUUUAAAAAGAAAAAUAUUAGCAUUUAUGUUUCUGCAUUCAACAAGAAGAAGCCAUUUAAAAUGACAUUUAUGCCUAGGGCGUGCACAUUCCCAAAUGCAGGCAUGCAAAGAAGUACUGUAUGUUGAAACAGAUAGCUUAAAGAGAGCUUAUUUAGCCUCAGUAGUCCCACAGAUGUAUGUUAGUUAUUUGUAACAAAAGCCAAAGUCAUACAAACUCAAAUGAAAGAUAUCAGAAAUAAUAAUUAUUAGAACUUGAACAUAUGAGAACAUGUGUAGAUAUGUGUACAAAGCAUACAAAAUUACAAAAUACAAAUAGAUUUUCAAAGCUGUGGCCACUGUUUAUAAAACAAAGAAAUUCUACAAACAAUACAGAUUAUAAACUGACAAGAUUUCCAGGAUUAAAUCUCAUUUCAUAUUUCAUCAAAAUCAGAAUGGAGAAUCAGUCAUAGAUGGUCCUCUGUUUUGUAAGACCUCAGCCAAAUUUUGACCAGCAGCAACAUACUGGUAUACUUAUUCCUUGCUCAGGAGUCUAAAUUCUUCCCUCUUGGAUUGCAGUUUUGAAUUUGAAUGUUCAGAUUCCAUUAUCUUAGGAAGUUUUUCAGAAUUCAUUUUUUUAUAUUGGAAUCCCAUUUUUAUUACAGUCCUUUGUAAUAUUCAACCAUUUGGUUGAAUCCAAAUGGUUUAGAGCUUACAGAAGAAACAAAGGAGAUGUCAUAUUAUUAUGACUUUAUAUAUGUACAUAUUAUAACAUUGCUAAACACCACAGCAGUGCCAGAGUCCAGGGAGUACCAGACACUUACCUAGGGUCUGUGUUUCCUUUUGGAAAAUGAAGCACAGUGGAGCCUAGGGUGUCUUUAUGAUAUUUGGUUUAUUUACACAAAUAUACAACCUGAGUCUACGAUAUAAGGGUGCCCCAGGCUAACACCUCAAAAAGAAAUUAAAUGACUUAAUUAGCUCUUGACACGUGUUGAUCUCCCAGGCUUUAGAAAUGUCUAAUAUACAAUCUAGGAAGUUUGCCUGACAUAAUUAGCUUUUCAUAAAUGCUAAUUUCAGAGGGUUCUAACAUACAUCUUAGACUUGUUCUAAGAUUACAUUCUUGAUUACAUUCUAACACUUGGGGGUCUGAUACACAGUUUUAACAUGCAAGCCUUAAUUAAAUUAUAGCACCUAGCAACCUAUAACAAUAUUAUUAAACAAUUAUUAUUAACAUUUUGCACGGUGUUUUUAUGAAAGUAAGAUAGAAAAAAACUGAGGUACUAAAGGGGAUCUAUGGCUGUCAUCUAUGAAGGUAGUUCCCCAUCUGUUACUUUGUCUUUUCUUACAUAUAUUUGGGCACUCUCUCCUUUAUAAUAAUAAUAAUAAUAAUAAUAAUAAUUUAUUAUUUGUACCCCGCCCAUCUGGCUGGGUUUCCCCAGCCACUCUGGGCGGCUUCCAUAGAAACAAAAAAUAUUUUGAUUUUUGUUAGUCAUUUAUGCCCAAAAAGAAAGAAGCUGCCUGAUAAAGUUUCUUAGCCUGGUUGCCUCUGAGCUGUGCUUACCACAACCAGUCAAGUGGCUAUUUUACAAGCUUGCCCAAUGUGUGACUGCUCAGAAAAUGCUCAGAGAACAGAAGUUACUUUUGGUGAUGUCACAAGAAUGGGAUUUGCAUGACUUGGCCAUGAAGCAAUUACCGGUUUUUUUGCUCCAUAGGGCGCACUGGACCAUAGGGCGCACCUAGUUUUUAAGGGGGGGAAAUAAAGGGGAAAAAAUUAUUUCCCCCCCCCCAGCCCCAAAGAGCAAAGAAGCCAAGACAGCGAGCGGGAUCCAUCCCGCUGCCUGUCUUGGCUUCCUCUUUAGCCACGCGCAACCUCUCCAGCUGGGAGAGGCUGCGCGCGGCUUUGGCAGAAGCCAAGAUAGCGAGUGGGAUGGAUCCCGCUUGCUUUCUUGGCUUCAUUUUUAGCCGUGGGGCUGGGGCGGGGAAGCCCGAGCUUCCCCCGACCCCAGCCCCCAGAACAGGUCCGGGAGCGGCGGCAAGAUUGCGUGCAACCUCGCCACCUCUCCUGGAGCUUGCGGGGCUGGGGGCGCGCUCCGAAGGCUUGCGGAUAGCUGCCUGAAGCCCAGGGAGUGCAGCGGGAGUUGGUGCUACGCUCCCCGGGCUUCAGGCUGCAGGCUGCUAUCCGCAACCCUUUGGAGCCCAGUGGGAACUCCCACUGGGCUCCGAAGGCUUGCAGAUAGCUGCCUGAAGCCCUGGUAGCGCAGCGGGAGUUGGCGCUGCGCUCCCUGGGCUUCAGGCUGCAGGCUGCUAUCCGCAAGCCUUCGGAGCCUGGCGGGAACUCCCGGAUAGCUGCCUGAAGCCUGGAGAGCGAGAGGGGUCGGUGCGCACCGACCCCUCUCGCUCUCCAGGCUUCAGCGAAAGCCUGCAUUCGCUCCAUAGGACGCACACACAUUUCCCCUUCAUUUUUGGAGGGGGAAAAGUGUGUCCUAUAGAGCAAAAAAUACAGUGGUAGUAAACUGCAUUUUGUGAUUUACUUUCAUAGAUUACUCAAAAUUCAGGUAGGUGAUAUUAUGGUAAUACCUUGAAUCUUACCACAAACUUACAAAAGCAAGGCUAAAAUUAUGUAGACAUUAUUUUAUAUAUUUUGUGGUUUUAUUUUUCUUGUUAUAGUUUCUCAAGAUAUUUGUGGUGCUCCAGUAAUUCUAAAAGGAAGUGUGUAUCCACCACAACCUUAUUAUAACCUUGGAAGUAUCAUUUCUGUGCAGUGUGAUAAAAAGUAUUCUUUUCCUGAUGAAACCAUGGAGAUGAAAGCACAAUGCAAAGGCUACAAUCAGUGGGAUCCCCCUGUACAACUUUGUUUCUGUAUGUACAAAUCCAGCUCUGUGGUAUUGACGUCUGUUGAUAAAGAAGACAAAAACUUAAAAACCCUACUAGGUAGACAAGUUUACUUACCUUAGACGGUCAGGCGGCAUUGCAGCCUGGUCAGCGAUCCAGCAGUCGGCUAGGGAGGACUGCGGGCCUCCCUGCAGAUUGGCCUUUGGCUGGCAGGCCCGAACCCGGGGAUUCCCAGGGAUGGGGGCAACCAACCAAUGGGCUUUGCUUGUGUCUGCCCCUGGGGAAUAAAUUUAGAUAAGCCCAGCAAAGGCCCAUCUAGUCCAGCAUUCUGUUCACACAGUGGCCUACCAAAUGCCUAUGGGAAGCCCUCACCCAGCACAUGGUGCAAUUGCACUCUCCUAUUCAUGACCCCCAGCAAUUGGUAUUGAGAAGCAUGUUGCCGCUGAUAUAUAACAAUUAUGACUAUAUCAUAUAGACCUUGAUAGCCUUAUUCUCCAUCAGAUUAUCCAAUCCCUUUUCAAAAUUGUCCAAGUUGGCUUCCAUAGCUACAUUUUGUAGUAAUGAAUUACAUAGUUUAACUGUGUUGCAUGAAGAGCUUUGUUUUGUCAGUCCUGAAUCUCCUAUUCAGAUUGAUUUGAUGACCUUGGACUCUAGUAUACUAUGAGAAGGGGAGAAAAAUAUUCCCCUAUCCAUUUUUCUUCACACCAUGCAUCACUUUAUAUACCUCUAUAAUGACCCCCCUUAUCUUUUUUUCCUAAUUAAAAUGCCCUAAAUAUUAUACCCUUUCCACAAAGAGUUGCUCCAGUCCAUUCAUAAAUUUCCUUUUCCUUUUCUGCAUCAUUUCCAGUUCUACAAUACUGCUUUUUGCAUUGCAGUAAGCAGAGCUGUACACAAUAUUCAAAGUGUUGUUGCGCCAUAGAUUUAUAUAAAGGCAUGCAAUUGGCAGUUUCAUUUUUCAUCCUUUUUUCUAAUCCUCAUCACAGAGUUUGCCUUUUCACAGCAACUGUAGGUUAGAUGGUACUCUGCUUCUAAUACCAUGCUCAAGACAGAUACUAUUUCCCAAUUGUCUAAAUCAGAGAUAGGCAACCUGGACCCAAACCUUAUCUAACACCUCCUGAAGCUAUUCAUUUCUUAUACCCCACCAUUCUUUCUUUUUUCCUGGGCUUUAAAUCCCUUCCCCUUAAUAUGUAGUUUCAGAACAACUAGAAGGAGUAUAUUUUAUUUGAUGAAGAAUAAAAUCCUUUUCCUGUUUAUAUUGCUUGAGAAAAAGAUGUCCCACAUCCAGCUGUCAGAGAACAAAUUGGCAGGCUUCUGCUUUGUGUGUGUAUAGCAUACUAAAGGAAGAAAGGGUUUAUUUUCACUGGUUUUACAAAACCAUAACUGUAUCAAUCAGUUGUGCUGAAUUUUAAAAAACUUAAAUAUAAGAACAUCCUGCUAGAGCAAGUGAAAGACCCCCCCCCCAGCAUCAUAUUCUUACAGUGACCAACCAGAUGCCUAUGGGAAGCAUGCAAGCCAGGACACCCUCCCCUUGUGUGCUUUCCAACAACUAGUAUUCAGAAGUAUACAGUCUGACCAUGGAGACAGAUCAUAUCCAUCAUGGCUAAUAGCAGCUGAUAAUUUUAUCUUCCAUUAAUUUGUCUAAAUCUCUUUCAAAGCCAUCCAAGCUGGUGGUCAUCACUGCCUCUUGGGGGGGGGGCAGACGAGUUCCAUAGUUUAUAUGUUACAUAAAUAAGGUUCUGAAUACUCCAGCAUUCAGCUUCACUGGAACAGCUUCUAAGUGUUAUAAGUUCUAGUGUUAUCAAAAAGGGGAAAAAACUACUACUUCUAGGUAUACAGUUACAUUCUAUGUAUAUAUACAUGUUUAUGCAUGCAUGCAUUUUUUCAUAACAUUUAUAUACCACCCAAUUUAGCAUUCUUUGGGCAGUGAAAAUAUAAUGGGUGGUAGUCAACUAGUUUUUAUACUAAUGUAAGGAGAUUUCACCCAUCUCCUCCCAUGUAUGGCUUGCACCAUUCCUAUAUCUCCAAAGGGAUAGUGAAACCCACUGAAGAGAUUUUGGAGGAACAGGAGAACUGUCAAUUGCACAAGGAUAAAUCCUUGCACUGAUGGAACAUUCACCUUAGUGCUGCAUUGACUACAACCCAUUAUAGUGAAUGAUUUAAUAGUUUGCUUUCCCCUGCUAAAAAUAAUAGUUAUUUCAAGUAACAAAAUGCCCAGUGUAGCGUCAACUAUAAACUGCAACUGUUGAAUUCUCUCAUUCCUUGUAAUGCCGGAUUGGGAUGAAGCUAAAAUGAUGGUGUUUAGGCCAUGGUUGCAAAGCUGAAUACUGUGUGUCUUACUCAAUAGCUAGCUUGUGAAUUGUUGGGACAAGUAAAGAGAGGGUGAUGCUGGGUCUCUCUCUCUCCCCCCCCCUCACCAUUUACCUCUCCUAAGGAUCCACAAACUAGUACAGUGGUACCUCCGGUUGCGGAUGGGAUCCGUUCCGGAACUCCGGUCAGAUCCUGAGGUUUCUGCAACCAGAGGGACUGCUUCUGUGCAUGCACGCGUGGCGAAACCCGGAAAAAUACUUCCAGGUUCGUUGCAUAUGUAUCCUGAAGGAUACGUAACCCGAGGUGAACAUAAGUAGAGGUACCACUGUAAUCAAUAUUUUGAUGCAUCACACACACACAGCUUUGCAACCAUGGGCUAAGAGUCUAGUCACACCACUGGAGGAAGCAGCAACAAAGCUAAUCUGGUGAUGAAUCAAAAAUCUCAACAUCCUGGCUCAGAUAGCAUCAGGGCUUUUUUCCCCAGCCGGAACUCACCAGAACUCAGUUCCAGCACCUCUCAGGUGGGCACCAUUGCCUUUCAAAGAGAAUGAAGAAGGUGCUUGUGGUGUGUUCUGGCACCUCUUUUUCUAGAAAAAUGGCACUAGAUAGCAUAUUGAUGCAUAACAAAGGAGUAAAAAAAGCCACCCUUGUAACUUUUGCCUCAUGCAGUCGUGAAAGAAAUUUUGUAAGAUUUAUGCAAGGUGUCUAUUGUGUUCAUUUUUUUCUGGAGUAGCUCCCCUAAGAACUCUGCAUGGAAUUACCUCUGUUGCCAUCCUGGAAACAAUUAUGCCCCUUCCUGCCCCUUUUCACAGAUACUAGUUUUGGGGAAACAGACAGACCUGCUCUUAGAGAAGGGAGAAAUUGUGGAGGAGAGGGUCAAUUCGAGUGGAGCCUGCUUGGCAGCUUUUUAUCUAAGCAACAAAAAGGGGUAGGGGGUCAGCUCUCCUACAAUUUUAUAAUCUUAUUUUUAUGUGGACUUUUGUGUUACUUUAUUGUUUAUGAUCAUUAUUUGCUUUCAGUUAGAUUAUCCCCAGACACUGCUAAACUCCAUAUCCCUAAAGGAAUAAUAAAACAAGGGAAAAAAGAAUACUAUUACCCUGGAGAUGAAGUUAUUAUUGAGUGCUAUGCUGGCUAUUUUUUGAAAGGAUCAUCUAGGAUUAAAUACAUUGGUGGAAAAAAAUGGUUGCCUAAUAUUCCACGUUGUUAUCUGAGUAAGUAUUAAUCCUUGUGAAAAUGUAACAUGCCAAAUAUUUUUCCAUUGAUAUGAGACUGCCUUCUUUUAAAUAUAUGCUUUCAUAGAGGUACAGAAUCUAUAGACAGUUUAUCUCACAGUAGUGCAUCAAAAUUUAAAGGAUUAGCUUGGCCCUCUUUGUGGUCACUUCAGAGUCUCCUCUACUACUUGAUAUAAUGAUCUAGGAAGAAGGUUAUUUAUUCUGAGAGACUGGAGAAUACAUUUCUUUCACCAUUCCCUCAUAGGUGAACCUACACCAUCACGUCCCUGCCCAACUAGCUUUUUUACUUUUUUGUGAUACUUUUUUUAUUGAAAAGCAAACAAAACAAAACAAAAACAAAAUUAGUCAUUGGUUUUAAUCCUUAUGGCCAGUUACAUACAAGUAUAUUUUCAUCAUAUAAACAUGUAUUGAAGAAGAUGGCCAAUGAACCUCUCCAGAAGGAGCUGUGAGAUACCGUAGGUUUGAGCACUUCUGUUUGGGAGCUAGUAAAAGAAAUAAACUGAAAACAAUCUGUUUCAAGCAUGUCGUUUGUAGUUUCCCUUCUAGCUAGCUAACACUUGUAUGAUCUUGUCCAUUAGCGCCAGAUGCCACACUCUGUCACACCAUUUACGAAAUGAACAGCCUUCUGUGUCCUUCUACACAUGCACAGUAGUCAGAAGAUUACAAACAAGUGACUUAGAUAACAGAUAUUUGUUUCACCUUUGAAAAAGAGAAAGCAAAGCUAUGCCUGUGAGAUAGCUCAUUUGGUAGAACAUACUGUAAGACUCUUAAUCUCAGGAUUGCGGGUUUGAGCCCCACAUUGGGCAAAAAGAUUCCUGCAUUGCAGAGGGUUGGACUAGAUGACCCUUGUGGCCCCUUCCAAGUCUUUAAUUCUAUGGAUCUAAGACCCGCUUUCAUUUCAACCUUCUAGUGUAGCAGUUCAGAUAUGGUCAUGAACACAAAUCACCAAAAACUUGUACCUUUGAGCGCUCACACCAAAGAUGCAUUAAGGUCUCCAAUAUUUGGUUACCUCUCCAAUAUACAGGUGGAAUGGAGUUGUCAGUGUAAUGUAGGCAUACUGGAGUCCAGUGCCAUCUAUGAAUAAGUUUCAGUGUUGAUUCUUUAAUUUUAGUGGGAAUAGUUUUAAAAAGAGGUGUGUGCCCAUUCACCCUCUGUGAUACUCACGUUGAGAUCUGAUUCCUAGAGUGAUUUAUCUACCAUGUUUAAACUGAAAAAUAAAGUGGUCUCUUCCAACUCUAUGAUUCUAAGUAUUUUAUAUGUAUCUGUUGCUAUCCCCUUCACAUUUCUAGAACCAAUUCCACACAGCUUCUUAAAACAGACUAAGGUAUUUUGGUGCAUCAUGAGUUUAAAACCAUUGUUUUAUUAUUACAUUUAUUUCCUACCUUUCCUCUAAGCAGCUUGAGGAUGUGAGUAUAGCUCUGUUUUCAUGAAAUGUGAGGAUUUGUAAGUACUUAUUUUUAAAAUGAGACUUGCAGCUUUAGUAUUGUAAAAGGAAAUUCUAACCCUAGCAAAAAGGGGAAAAAGAAAAAAGAGAUUUGGAAUUAAAGAGUCAAAUAAAGUCAAUGAUUAUUCUUUUAAACCUGUAUGGUUUCUAGAUUAGUAUAGGAGAAAGUUUAAAAUGGCCAAGUCAUAUAUGAGAGUACGUGCAGUAAGCGAAGCAUAUCAACCAGUUGUGAUAUGAAAUCCACCUUGAGCUGCAGUACUUUCUUAUGAGACUGCCAGUCUGAAUGAGUAGACUUUCGAGAAAUAGUCUUACAAUGUUCUUUUCUGAGAAGUUUGCUUAUUAGAACCAUUUCCCCUUCUUUUCUAGGUAUUUUCCUGAGAGUACUUAUAGCUGGUAUGUAAUUUAUUGAAAAUGAAUGGGAGAAACAGGAAGAUGUAUUAAACAUAUUUAAAUACCAGUGCUUUGUACAAUUUCAGAUGCUUUUUACCAAUAGCAAAAAAUACUGGGUCAGAGAUAAGCAUUUUGAAGUUUCACUUUUUGGAGAGAGUUAAGUCCAUGCUUAAUUCUCCUUAUUAAAUUAAGUCCCCUGGUUUUCAAAAGGGAAAAUUAAGCAUGGAUUAAAAAUCAGCUCAUGCCCCUAGAAGUUUCUCCCAUAUUUUUCUUUGCUAGACAGGAUUUACUUUUUGUUGAAUUGACUCUGAACAUUGUGCACACCAUUGGUGCUUUGUAAAUUUUCCACAUUUUAUCAGUUUAGCACUGGUGCUCAAAUAUUUGCUCAUCAAUUGAUGAAUCUCAUCCUUGGGUCCAAAAUCUACAAGUACAUUGUCUCUCUCUCUCACACACACACACACACACACACGGUAUUUACUGGUAAUAAUUUAAAAUGAUUUCUGGUACUAAAUAGCAGUUUAGGCAGUGAAUCACCAACCUUUACUCCAUCAUACUAAUUUGUGUUUUUUUGUCUUGGAGUAACUUAUGAUCACCUAAUGACAAAUCAUUGCAUUUUAUUGUUAACAUUCAAGAGGUAUUAUUAUGCUUUGAGUAACAUUUGAAGGACAUUUUCAAAACUGGUUUUGAAUUACGCAUGAGUUUUCUUGGCCUCUCAUGAGCCUUUUUUAAUAGGAUAGUAUGGUGUAUUUUUCUUGUGUGUGUGUUUUUUUUCCUUUUAGGGUGCCUAUUACCUGUAUUGAUUGUUGGAACCAAAAUGGUUUAUCAGAAUUUUUACUUAAAAAGGUAAAACAUCUCUUAUUACUAAACUCUUCUUUUAUUUUCUGUUUUCUGUUUCUAAAUUUUUAUUGAAUUUUCAAUUUUACAUCUCAAAACAAAAAUUUUCAUACUAUUUUAUCUCCAAUGACUUCCCUCCUCCUUCCAUGGUUCAUUUUGCUUGUCUAUCAUUCCUGCACAUUUUACUUUAACCAUUUUAAUCAGUUCUCCACUCUUACAUCACUCAAAUAUUCAUUACACUGUUGAAUUUAUCUUAAUGUUGCCACUGUUUUCAGCUGUAUACAAUUACUUCCAUAUACUCAAUAAAUAUUUUCCACUCUUCUUUGAAUACAUGUUCUUCUUGCUCUCUUACUCUAUGUGUUAAACCUGCUAGUUCUGUGUAUUCUAACAUCUUAAGUUGCCAAUCCUCCUUGCCUGGGACCUCUGUCGCUUUCUAUUUUGGGGCUAACAAAACUUAAGCCGCCAUUGUUGCAUACAUUAAUUUUUUCUGGCACUUAGGAAUUUCUGUCUGAACUAUUCCCAACAGGAAGGACUCUGAUCUUUGUGGGGAAAGUUAUUUUAAACAUUUUUUCAACUCACUGUAGAUCAUCUCCCAAUAUUAUUUUACCUUUUUACAUGUCCACCACAUAUGAAAAAAUGUUCCCUCCAUUUCUUUACAUUUCCAGAACAUAUCUGAUUCUGCUCUAUACAUCUUAAUCAAGCUGUUCGGAGUUACAGUGAGGGGGGAAAGUAUUUGAUCCCCUGCUAAAUUUUCCCAUUUGCCCUCUGACGAAGAAAUGACCAGUCCAUAAUUUUAAUGGUAGGUUUAUUGUAGCUGUGAGAGACAGAAUAACAACAGGAAAACCCCAAAAAGGGAAGAUAGCUCAUCUCUCCUAUGCUACCCUUGUGUAUCUAAGAUGACUGGGCAGCAGUCCAGUGCCUUUAAGGGAAGCCCACCAUCCCAUACUGUACAGUCUCAUGUUGUGGCCUUCCUAGAAGCCCACAACCUUUUCUUAUGACACAAUACACACAAUCAAUUCCUUAAAGGACGCAGCUUUCAAGAUCUAAUAAUAGAUAUUGAACUGGUUCCACCUUCUAUACAGGUUCGACAUAAAGAGACAUCUUGCUGGAUGCCAUACUUGCUUUUUGAUUACAAUUUCAUGUUUUCCAACACAUGUGGUCAUGCUCCAGAUUUAUACUUGUGUACUGCAUUAUAUAUUGGACUAAGAUUAAGCCAAUUCAGAAACAGCAAUUAGUUCAAUCUGGGGCUGCAAAAUUGCUAACUGGGAUUAAGUGUUGUGGUCAUAUUAUGGUAGUGUUUCACAAACUGCAUUACCUCCAGAUUCAAUUGCUAGUACUUAUUUUAAAGCCUUUCAUGGCUUCUGUUAAAGCUUGUUGUCUCCAGAUACCUGAAACAUUAUGUCUGCCUGUCCAUAUGCUAACAGCUCCAGCAGAGCCCCAUCACUGGGUCUUGAGAUCUAAUAGUGAAAAAACAAUCUACUGGCUCUUGUGAUUAACUGUGCAAUCCUGUACAUGUCUACUCAGAAGUAAAUCCCAUUGAGUCCAAUGGGACCUGCUCUUAGAUAAAUGGGCAGGGGGUUACAGUGAAAAGAAGGCCUUGUGCAUCCACAAAGCACUUCCAUGAGGGAGAAGGAAGCCUAUUUUCUGUAAUUACUUUUCAAAGAUAAAUGCAGCAUCUUUUAAAAUUAAAAAUAGUAUUCUGUCUGCAACGAUAUUGUGGUUUUUAUAUUAUGGUGUGGUGGAUUGGGUUGGUUUUGGUUCCAAUCCAUUCCCACCAAUUUAUAUAGAAUGAUAUAGGUUUUGCACCUUGUUUGGUACCUUGCUGCAGUUUUGGUCGCCUCACAGUAGAGAUAUACUUCCAUACAGAUGACCCCCCUGAGACAUGGAACAAGUAUAUAGGUGGAGAUCUCCAUUGAGCCUAGAGAGGUGGAGAUGCCUAGAUUGGUUAGCUGAAAGAGUGGGUUGACCAUACUUCCAUUCUCUGACAGGGCAAGAACAGAGAGCAGAGAGAUGCAGCAGAGCACAACAGCUACCAAAGAACUUAGUUUGCUGCCAAAGAGUAAAGUAGCACUGGCCAGUCCUAACCUACUCAGCAAUGACCUUCCAAGUGAAACAUCCAAGAGGAUAGCAGUACAAGGAAAAUUGGGCCAUCCCCGCAGCUUUAGAAGCAAAUCAGUGUACUAGGUAGACUCAGCUUAUUUCUGCCCUUUCUUUUCCUUCCCUUUCUUUUACCUUUAAUACCCCUAUCACCCUUUACUUAUGUGUUAAAUGAGAGGCAGUAUUCUGUUUAGGGUGGUCAGCAAAGGCCACCGCAUCAUCAGUAUUAGUAGGCUUCCAUAGUGCUGCAUCCCAUAAUAACUGUGUAUGGCUCCCUCAUCUCUAUGAACUCAGCAUAUGGUCUCUGGAAGAUAUGUGCUCCUACAUAUAUAUUAUUAAUGAGAAAAAGCAAUAAAGGGACAUAAGAUGCAACAGCACAUUCAAAAACUGCAAGAUACUGAAUUUAGGGCCAUAUUUAUCUUAAAAAUCAAAUAAUAAUUGUAUCUGUGAUCUGAUCUACUUCCCAUCUUUUAACAUGUGUCUGAAUUUAAAUUGUGUUAAAGCUAAAAUUCUUUUUGCUAAUCUUUAGCUAAUGCUGCAUUUCCGCACUCACAUUCAGUAAAUAAACGUGCAAAGAAAUACAGGUACCUCGCCGGUUACAUUCCUGAGUACCACAUGUAUAUAUCAAAUGACGUAUAGUGGGGAACACCAUAUAAAAAGCCUGUAAACACCCUCUAGACUCCACCACAAUCGCUCCUUCCUAACCUCCUUUCUCAAACUCCAGCUCUCUGCAAGCCUCAAAGGUUGGUGCAAAGGCACCUGGGAUUGCUAGCCAUCUCCCCACUCUUUCUUGCACCAUUUUUGCACUUUUCCCACUCUUUUCUAGCUGUUUCUGCCCUUUUUGCAGUUUAAAUCUUUUUAUUUAAUUAUUUCCUGGCAUUGCAUGUAUAUGUGGUUGGGCAUGAUGAAAUGUGCAUAAAUAGGGUGAUGCUUGUAUGGUAUGACAGUUCACACAGUAAACUGCAAUGUCCCACAAACCUGUGCCUAUAAUAUACACAGUUACAGGAAAGUGCCUAUUUCAGAUUCCACUUUUCAACAUUUUAGUAAUGAAUGUGAAAAUUCUAUAAACAUAACUAUAAGUUAAAGAGUAGAUAUCUGCUUCAAGUAGAAGAACAUGGGCCAGACUAAAACCUAUAUGCAGAUGCUUAUUAGCACAGUCCCAACAGCUACUUCAGAAGGGGAUUAUUGAGAACAAAGAAGAGUGCUCCUUUGCUCACCACUGCUCUGAUUUAAAAUGGCCCUCAAAAUAUGUGCUGGGGCCAAAGAUACGUUGCAGAGAAGCAAAAGGCUUAAGCAGUCUUCUCUGAAAAGCUGAAAUGGGUUGCUAACAUGGUGCCCUUCAGAUUGUUGGACUACAUCUACUGUCAUUUAUGACCAGGGAUGGCCUAUCCCAUUUCACCACAUGGGACAAAAACAGAAAGUGCUUUUCUGUGCCCCCUGCCACCCCCUCCCCACUUCUGCUGCACACUGUAAUGCUCCCACCCCCGCUCGUGCUGAACUAAUUCUACAAAGCUUUGUCGCUUUUCUUCUCCAGGGGUGAGGAAGAAAAGUGGUGAAGCGACACACCAGAAUGCCCUCCACUAGCUCCAAACUCAGCAAAAGUGGGAGCAAGUCUGCAAGGGCUUGAUGCUUGUCUUCUCUGUCCCAGGGACUGGGGAGAGAAGCUGCAAUGCAGCAUGCUGGAGUGCUCCCGACAAGGGCUGUUCUGCCAGUGUUGGGACACCACCUCUUGUGCUUCUUCCACCUGACACAGCCACUUCACCCUGCCUCAUGGGCAGGCUAGCUCUGUUUAUGACUACUGCCUGUGCUGCCUGUGACUUAUGGAAGCUCUAGUCCAACAACAUCAGGAGGGCACUAUGUUGGAUUCUCCUGAUCUAAAACAAUAAGAUUUCACUGUAAAUUAUGUUUCAGUUCUCCUAUAAAUUACUAUAAAUGACAUCAUAUGUGCUUACUGUAUUCAUAUUUUGAAGUUGAAGUUCCUCCAAAGAACUCACUUCGCCAUCUUGGCCUCGCAACAGCCCUGGGAGAUAGCUGAAAAACAGGUGCUUGCCCAAAUCUGCCAAAUGAUCUUCAUUGGUAAGCAAGAAAAUAUUUCUAGAUACUGGAAAAUUUACCAAUUCCUGGCAAACGUCCAACCUCAAUUAAAUAUUUUUGAUACUUUAAUUCACCUGAUACUUAAAAUGAGGAACUACUUCACAAAAAUGUUUCAUAAAAUUGAAAGAUUUGUGUUCUUUGCUUACAGUCCUAGAUAGGGACAGAAGAACUUUAUUUGUGGUUCAAACUGAGAUCCAUUAAGUGUGGCAUUUUGUUGUUAGAAGCAGCCAGCUCACAACCACAGUUUUAGAAUGGUAGGCAUCCCUGAUUGCUUGUCCUCAGCAUCUGUACUUAAGAGUUCUUCGUAGUCUCUAUACAGUCCAUUGUGUGGGUUCUGUGCCCAGAGCAGUAUUAGAGCAGAUGCCUUUCAGAUGCUUUGGACUGCAAGUCCCUAUUCCAUGACUCUUGGUUGUGCUGGCUAGGGCUGAUCAGAGUUGGCAUCAAAGAGUCAGGAGGAGACCAGUUUGGGGAAAAGUUGGGCUCUUAAAAACAUUUUGGUAGGUCUGCUUCCAUUCCACAUGAUGUAUUCUGAAGCAGUAUGCCCCCAUCCCCCUCAGUUCCUGCAGUGGUUGCAUCUUUGAAACAUCAUCACCCUUCCUCCAUUACUCUUUAUAAAAAGCCACUUUAUUCUGUUUUAUUUUCUCUUCUCUCUAUACAGUACUUUCCCUUUAAAAUUUGUAUUUUAUUUCAUCUCUAGGAUCUCUCUAGACCAAUACUAUCUUUCUAGAAAAAAAGGUGCUGGAAUUUACCACGAACACCUCCCUUGUUCUCUUAGAAUGGCAAUGGCACCCACGUGAGAGGUUCCAGAACUGAGUUCUGUCGAGUUCUACCUAUAAAAAGCUCUGCUCUAGACUAUCUGAGACAUCUUAGUGCUCCUCCAGAACCUGCCCCCUUUUAAUUUUGUAAAUAUUUUUUUGCCAUGCACGUAAAGCUGAAUGCACACAAGUUGCUGGCUUACUGUGUAUGCCCACACAGAUGUUGUAGUUGUCUGGCUGUUUUAAAUGACAGGCAAAUCAUAAUGGGUUUUGUUGAUGUUCAGCUGCUUCUUUCAAAGACUUUGCAUUUUAGAAAGUUACAAACGUCACUGUAUAAUGAUAUUUCGUAUUUGAGAUUGGUUUUCUUUUCUUUUCAGGCACUUGAUUAAACGAGCACUUCCUAAAAGCUGCAAGGGAUAAAUUGUAAAUUUCUGAAGAUAAUUAUACACUUACAUGAAUCAAAGACUUUAAAGUUGAAUUUGUAUUAUAUAUUAAGAAAUAAAGCAUAUACAUGAAUAUAAGAUCAUAAA